UAAUUUAGCUGAAUUUCAAUUAGUCGUCGUGCUAGAUUUCGAUUCUCGUUUUUUCGCAGCGCCCGCAGUUCGAGGAAAUUGGUGAAAAGCAACGCAAGCAGCAACAGAAGACCACAGAAAGCAGCAGAUAAUUGUGUUUUCCUUUUCUACAAACACGAGAGCCGUGUCGGGGAGGUGGUUGAAACAGCAAAACCAGCAGCAGCAGCCGCUAAUCGGGAAGAAAAUGCAGUGGAAGUUCGGGGGGAGCAGCUCAGCGCUGGCGUUGCUGCUGGCCUGCAGCUUACUGCUGUCCGUGACAGCCGAUGCGGAGUUCGGUGUCGAUGCCGACGACUUUGAGGAUGGCCAGGUCGAAGAUUUUCAGGAGGAGACGGUCGGUGCUGAUGAGGAGCUGGUCUACGAGAGCCCUGUGAUCGAGCCCAAGAAGUUCCACUUUGCCGACCAUUUCGAUGAUGUUGAGGAGUCGCGCAAGCUGUGGGUCAACUCGCAGGCCAAGAAGGACGACAUUGCCGAAGAGAUCUCCAAGUACGAUGGCAUCUGGAGCUGGGAGUCACCGCAGCGGAUCGUCUGGGCGAAGGAUAAGGGACUGGUGCUCAAAUCGAAGGCAAAGCAUGCUGCCAUCUCGGCACGCCUCCGCAAGCAGUUCGAUUUCAAGGCAGAAAAACCACUGGUGGUGCAAUAUGAGGUCACACUGCAGGAGGGUCAAGAUUGCGGCGGCUCGUACAUCAAGCUGCUGUCCGCUGGCAAGGAAACCGACAAUCUUAAGUCGUUCAAUGACAAGACACCCUACACCAUCAUGUUCGGGCCGGACAAGUGCGGGAACGAUGUGAAAUUGCAUUUCAUAUUCCGUCACGUUAAUCCAAUUAACGGCACCAUCACCGAGAAGCAUUGCAACAAACCAAAGAACCGGCUGGACGAUCUCUUUAAGGAUAAGCUCCCACAUUUGUAUCAGCUUGUGGUCCAUCCCGACAACAGCUUUGAGAUUCGAGUGGAUCACAAAAUCGUCAAUGAGGGCUCCCUACUGACAGACUUUAAGCCGCCCGUAAAUCCGCCAGCACAGAUCGAUGACCCGAAUGACCACAAGCCAGAGUCGUGGGAUGAGCGCGAGAAGAUACCAGAUCCCACAGCAUCGAAGCCCAGUGAUUGGGAUGAGGAUGCACCGCCCCAGCUGCCCGAUCCGGAUGCUGUUAUGCCCGAGGGCUGGCUGGAGGAUGAGCCCGACAUGAUAUUCGAUCCCACGGCCAGCAAGCCCGAGGAUUGGGAUGCCGAAAUCGAUGGCGAGUGGGAGGCACCGCUGGUGGAUAACCCCGUCUGUGAGAAAACCGUUGGCUGUGGCAAGUGGAAGGCUCCGCUGAUCCCCAAUCCCAACUACAAGGGCAAGUGGCGUGCACCGAGCAUUGACAAUCCCAACUAUCAGGGCAAGUGGUCUCCUCGCACGAUUGCCAAUCCCGAUUUCUUUGAAGAUCUAAAGCCGUUCCGCAUGACACCGAUUAGCGCUGUGGGUCUGGAGCUCUGGUCCAUGUCUAGCGACAUUCUCUUCGACAAUCUUAUCAUCACCGAUGAUGUGGCGGUGGCCCGUGAUUUUGCUGCCAAUAGUUUUGAUGUCAAGCGUCGCUAUAUUGAUCGUGAAUCGAAAACCCUGUGGCAUCGCCUGAUGCGCCGCAUGAACUACAAGCCUGGAUGGUGGGCCCUGUACUUCCUGUACCUUCUCAUUCCGGCCAGUUGUUAUAUCUUCUAUCUGUACCGUCGCGCCAAAGAGGACGCUGCCAAACGCGCUGCCGCUCAGGCAAAGAAAACCGAUGAACCACAACCCGAUGAGGCACCCGAAGAGGAGGAGGAGAGCGAUCCAUCGUCUGAGAGAGCUGCUGGCGAUUCCAGUAAGGAAAGCACGCCGCUGUCCGCUAGUCCCAAGAAGAAUACAAAGUCUGAUUUAGAGGAUAAUGUUGAGACCAAGCCGGAGGAGCCGGAGGGUUCUGAUGAGCCCGCACAGACUGAGGAACCUACCACAAAAUCUACACGUAAGCGCGCAGUGCGCAAGGAGUAAAGCGGAUCAACAGAAAACAAGAACGUUUUGAACAGAACCUAACCCAUUUCCAUAGAGCAAACGGCAACUAAAGGUUCAACAACAGCCAAUAUUUAAUUCAAACAUGAUUCGAGGUUCAGCACACCCCACACCCCAAAAAUACACACAACCGUACAUAUAAUCGUUUUUGUUAGUUGGCCCUGAAAUCUGCCAGUUUCAAGGGCAGUCCCCUAAUUUAAUACUUUAAUUUAUGUGUGGUAGUGUAGUGAAACUUUAUACAUACGUACUUGCUGCAUUAUCGUUGCAUUUCCAAGGUGUGUUCUCUUUCCCUUCCGCAUCGUGAACACUCGCUAAUUUCUUGUUUGUUUCAAAACACUGCAUCCCAUGUACACGCUUUUAUUCACGUUUUGAGCGCAUAAACCACACAACUAGACAAUUGAGGGGGAAACAAACAGGAUAGGCAAAGGCAGUCCAGCAGACAAAGAAUUAAAAAAAUGAGGGCAAAGGAAAAGAGGAACAUCUAUUGCAAACAUCUAGUUUAAUAUUAUGUAAUUUAAAAACAAACAAAAUUUAAUAGUAUGAUAGUUAUACUCAAGUUUCCAUUUUCAUUUGUAUCGGAUGAAAAUCUGCAGCGAAAAGAAUAAAUAAAAUAAAACUAAA